AUGUCAGGAAGAGAUGGGGAUGUAUUUAGAAAAACAUGGAGUCAUAGACUGUCUCAGGAGCAGGCCAAGCAGACAGCUCUGGACAUUGUGCCAGGAGCCUGCAGACAUCCUGGAGAGUGGAGCCCUCCACACUGGUGGCCACCACAUGGAAAUAUUAAGGUGAAAUGUCCAUAUAAGAAAGGACUGAGUUGGUUCAAUGGAACAGUGAACCCCUGCCCUGGUAUAUAUCAACCCAUCUGUGGCAACAAUUUGGUAACCUAUGAAAACCCCUGCAUCUUGUGUGUUGAGAGCACGAAAUCUCAGGGAAAAAUUAGAUUUCUGCAUGAUGGAAAAUGCUGAGUGGACUCAGACAUGAAAGAAGUACCUUAUUUUAUCUUUCCAUUGAGAAAAUCCUUCUCUUGCAACUCACCCCUCCUUGGAUGUGUUCUUAGUGACAGAGAGCUACCCCUAGUGAGCUGGUAGACCUCUCCCCUCACUGAUUCGCUGCCUUCCAUAUUCUCCCUAACAAACUUUUCUGAAAUUCUCAUUUAACAUGGGUCUCAGAUCUAUGUCUCAAGCCUCAGAAGUAGAACAAAAUGAACAUUUGAGCCAAAGGUCAGAGACAAACACGGGGCUUAAUCAGGUCUCUGUUACUGUAAACUGUGGAAUAAUCUAUCAAUAUGUAAAGGCUCCUGGUUGUCUUCCAAGGAACACAACAGAAAUUUCUUCCAUAUUCCUUUAGAAUUAAAAAAAAAAACAAUUAAUAGGAAACGUGCCUAAAAUAACCAGCUGAGCUUCCCCUCGCAGCUGUAACCAGAGUAGUCAUCC